UAUUAACCGUCCGACGGCCAACCACCUGUCGUGUACAGAGAGACGAGUUAAGAGUUCGUACUUCAGUAGUUCAGUAUUAGUUCACUUAAUUCGUGUUUCACAGGAGUAACGCCGUGACAGUGCUGAGAUUACGUCGGUCCAUAAAAUAUAUCAUAUAACGCCAGGCGCUAGCCAGAUAAGUUUCUAUUUCGGUAUGUAGUUGUUGUACGGCUGCAAUGCGGUUUUCGGUGGGUCGGUUCGACUUCCGCCGUUUACUGUCGUACCCUCACAUCGCACAAUAUAAUCGAGCUUACGAUUAUUAAUGCGUGAGGUACAUUAAUAUAUAAAAAUACUUUUUUUUUUUAUCGAAAGACGUAUUAGGUACAUCAUAAUAUCUGGGAUUUCUACAACUUUCGCCAUAGCGAGAGUUCUGAUUAUUCUAUUGUUCCUGAUCGUAAUGAUUUAAAUUGUACUAUUGUAAUUGCUUUAAAAAGAUAACAAUACGAUGAACAGCAUUAACUCGUGAGCUUCGAGAUUUUAUGAGGUGACGAGAGGUGACCCCAGGACAUUGCACCUGUAGGUAUUGUAUGGCAGUACCCGUCUACUCUGAUGACUGGAAAUUUGUAUUGCGAAUGAGGAAGAUCUGUUGUACUGCGUCAGCACUGAGCUAAUUGACCCACGAGACACUGAUAGUCCAGUCUGCGACUUGCAAACGCCACUUGUGACUGAUAAUAUUAUAAUAAUUAACAAUGGGUGAAAUAAUGAAUAUUGAUGUAUCAAUUAAGUUGCCUCCAUUAUUGCUGCAAUCAUUUUCUAUCAACAAUUACGAAGCCAAGUGUAUGAAAUGUAAUAUUUCAUGUGCCCCUGAAGAAGAAGAUAUUCUUUUCCAUCUUUCUGUAUGUAAUGGGACCCUUAUUGAAGAAAAUAUUCAAACACUAUUUAAAUUCAAUUGCUUGAAGUGUAAUUUUUUGACUCAUAGUAUUGAUCAAUGGAAGCAUCAUUUAUUCAAACUUGAUCAUAUUUCCAAAAAUUUUGAUUUCGAUAUAAUAACAUUUUCGUACAAUUGCAAUUUGUGUAAUACUCAUUUCUAUGGUUUUAGAGAAUGUAUACUAAAACAUCAUUGCAAACCUCAAUUUAUUUCAACAUUAUCCUAUUUAAUGUCCACUGUUUAUGGGAAAUACAAAAUUAAGGACAAACAGACCAUGCUUCAUUAUUGUGCGGAUUGCUCUUUUUACACUGAUAACUUAGCAGAAUUGCACAAGAAAAAACAUAGUGAAGUUGCUAACACUUCUGUAUGCCAUUCAUGUCUGAUAACAUUUUAUGGUUCUAGUAAUGAGGAAUUUUUGAACCACAAAAUUUCAUUUGAACAUAUGCUUCUGUGGUGUUUAAACGGUGUUCGGAGUAUACCAAAAAUACCAACAACAGUUUUUAAAAACUUGCCAUACUACAUAACCAAAUAUUUUGUAAUUAAUCCAUUCUUGAAAAAAGUUUGUUGUAUUGUCUGCAAAACAAAAGACAUUCUAACUCAUGACUGUAUAUACGAACAUUAUUACAACUGUAUUUCUACAAAAGAAAUUUCUGAUGUCAAAGAUUGCAAUCCGUUGCUAAGUCUAAGUUGUAAUUUGUGUAAUUAUUCAUGUUUUGCAGAAGAUGACAUGUACAAAUGUUGGGCAAAUCAUGUAGUGAGUCUUAAACAUUUAAAUAAAACUGUGGUUGAAAAAGGAAACAAACACAAAGUGAUUUCAUAUUACUGUUAUGUGAAUGGAACUAUAUUUUGUGGUUCAGAUUCGUUCAUCAAAAACUUACUAAUGAAAACGAAUAAUGAUAUCGGGCGUCUGUUAUUUGUAUCAGAUUUAAUGGCUACAGUGUAUAAACAUGUCACAAAUGCACAUUUCAGCUGUAAUAUUUUAUUUUGUUGUGGAAUUUGUCAAAAUCAUACCGUCAACCAGUUAAAUUGUGUACAUAAAAAUAAUGAUUCACAUCUAUCAUUUUAUUGUUCCACUUGUUUAGUAGUGUUCAAUGUCAGAUCUGACUACUAUGAACAUCUUGUUAGUAGUGAGCAUAUUAUUUUGAAAUAUUUUAAGCCCAAUCAAUUAGCCAAGCUUAAGAUUCUUGAUCAUACCAUGGAAAUAAUGAAAAUAUAUUUAACUAAUUUAAAUAAAAGUGACUAUGAUGAUGAUAAUGAUGACACUGACAACCCUCAAGAGACCAUAUGGCAGGACAAUCAUGAAAUGAUUAUUUCUACACAAAACCUAACAUCCUGUGAUCCAAAACAAAAUAUUAUGACAAAAUUAAUAGAAAAACUACCUACACAGCCAAUAAAGUCAGCAUUUAACAAUUACAUAGCAGAGAAUUUUGAAUUAUUAAAUCAAGAGCCGCAAACAAGUUAUGAUAUUAACAUUGUGUUUUACUGUGAAAUUUGUAAUAUAAUUCUCAGUAAUCGUGAUGUUUGGAUUAAACAUGACAAAGAGUUUCAUAGCAAUGAUAUGGACCUUUGGGUUUUAUUCUGUGAUAUUUGUUGCAUUUACCAAGUAAGUGCUCAGAUUAAUACUAUCGAACAGCAUUUAAUGACUAUGGAACAUAUAAUAAUGGAAGUGUUUCAAAAAUACGUCAAACCCUCAACAAAUAACAUUGAUGAUUGUUAUAAAAACUCUAAUCCCACCAAUGAUGACAAGGAUUCUGAUUUCAAUGUUGAAAUUAAAAAAAUCAAAAAUUCAAAUGACUAUAAUAUAAAGAACAAAACUAUUUAUAUAGAAAUUAAAAACGUGGAUAAUAAUUUAAAAAAAAAUAAUUAUACUAUAUUAAACAAAAUUAUUCAAGAACGAUAUGGUAAAUUCAAACAGUUCGAAAAUGUAAACAAUUCAUUUGUGAUUCUUUUCGAAAAUAAAUACCAAGUUGAACGAAUAUGUGAGGAUACAAACAAAUUGGAAAACCAGUAUGGCUUUACAAUACAAGUUAUAGAAAAUCAUCAUUCAGAAAAAGUAUUAUCGAUGGAAACAAUAGAUUUAUUUAAAGAUUGGGGCUCGUUGUGUACCACAAUUCUCCGUGAUUUAGAAGUGAUGAAUUUGUCAUUAACCAGUACAGAAAUACAAUCCCGUGUUCAACAAUUGUGUGACUCAAUAUGUAGCUUCCAAAUUGAUACACAUUCAAAAAAGAUUCACAUUUUUGGUUCUCAAGUUUAUGGACUAGCAACAAAUACUACUAAUAUAGAUAUAUAUUUGGAAAUCGAUGACACGUUUGACGGAAUAAUUGCAAAUAAUGAAGAAAUUCAAGUGGAAUUUGUACAACAAUUUACUGAACAUUGUCUAUUGAAGCCCGAAGUCUUUCAAAAUGUUAAAUCAAUCUAUCAUUGCCGUGUGCCUAUUGUUACAUUUCAUCACGUACCAUCAGAGUUCAACUGUGAUGUAUCCUUUAAAAGUGGUCUUGGCACAUAUAACACUAAAUUAAUCAAACUUUAUUUGUCAAUGAACACUACUGUGAAGUGGCUGGUCUGUGUUAUUGUGAAGAAUUGGGCUCUCCAAAAUUGUUUAAAAGACAGGAACUUGUUCACCAGCUAUGCCUUGACAUGGCUGGUACUGUUUUAUUUGAUGACAGAAAAAGUGGUUCCAUCGUUGAUCGAACUCAGGCAAAAUGCUACUAAAGCUGAUCAUAAAGUCAUUGAAGGAUGGGACUGUACAUUUGGAAAAUGUUCAGGCUAUAUCAGUGAAGAUAAACGCCCAAAACUGUUAAUGGGUUUUUUUCAAUACUAUGCCAAUAAGAGAGCCUUAAAGGACAAUGUUCUGUCUACUUGCACCGGGCAGUUAAUAAAAAAGCAUGCAUUUUAUGAAAGGUUCAGCCAGUUGCCUGGACUAAGUAAAAUACAGAGAACAAUGUUUAAAAACUUUAAAGCCAAAGUUAAUUCAAGUUUUGGAAAAAAUUACGGACUGGUUUUGCAGGAUCCAUUUGUACUGUCGUUCAACCUAACCAGAAAUUUACAUAAUCAAGCUUUGACAGACUUUUGUGAUCUGUGUCAUCAAAGUUCAACCCUUUUGAUUAAUAUGAAGGGUUACAAUAUGUUUUCUAAUACCUAAUAUUUUUUUAUGUUUAACAAAUGUUCUGGACUUAAGUUAAUAAUGCUUGUUAGUCAAAAUAUUUUGAAUAGGAAUUGAUAAUAUAAACAUAUGAUAUAAAUUUAAAGAGUCUAUGGUUAUUCAUUUUUGCAUUACAACAAAAUAAAAAAAUCCCUACAUGAGACAUCGACUGAAUAUAUUUUAAUGUUGUAAAAAUGCUCAUAAAAAUUUUAUUUUAUUUUCUUGAAUACAUUUUUUUUUUUUGAUAAUGGUGGAUAACCAUUUAAGAAGUCUUGUAUUACAUUUUAAAAUCUUUAGAAAUUUCUAUCCCUAAAUAAUCUGCACAUUUUCAUAUUUUUAUGAUUUUUACGCCUUUUGUUAAAAUUCAAACUUUAAAUUAACCCUCAUAACUUCUAAUAUUUAUAUAAUUUAAAAAAAAUUAUUACUGCCAUUAUUUAUAAUUUUAACUUAGCAUAAGUCAUCCUGGUACUCUUUAUUACUGUCAUUAUACUUUAUGUUAUAACCAAUAUUAUUAUAUCUAUUCAUAACUUUGUAUUGUUUAUUGUUUUCUCUUCAUAUUUUAUGCAUAUUAUUUUAUUGUAUAUAACUUAUUAAUAUCAAUUUAAA